AUGGGGCCGGUUCUCCGAGGAGCUGUGGUCCGCCACGGGGGGCGCCGAAAGAGGGCUGCCGCCACCGCCCACGCCGACCCCGGCCUUGGCCGGCGCAGUCCUGGCUCCCUCGGGUGCAGGAAGCACCUGGGUGGAGGCCUCCUGGGAGAGCCAGAGAUGGCGUGCGUAGACUUCGAGUCCUACGUGGAUCCAGCCUGCAGGGCUGCCGAGCAGUUUGUCAACGUCUACUGCACCACCGUGGAUAAGCGGAGGCGCCUGCCGCCCCGCCUCUACCUGGGCUCAGCCAUCCUGGUGCGGAAUGGAAACGCCCUGUCAGGACUAGAGUCCUGGAGUGCGGUUUUUGAAAUGUUGCCUUCCAGUGAGUUCCAGAUCAGUGUGGUUGAUUGCCAGCCUGUACGUAGGGAAGCCACCCCGAGCCAGACCACAGUCCUCGUUGUGAUCUGGAGAAUGGUGAAGUCUGAAGGCAACAAACAACGGGACUUCAACCAGAACUUCAUUCUGACUGCCCAGGCCUCUCCUAGCAACACGGGGUGGGCGAUAGCCAGUGAUUGCUUCAGGUUCCAGGACCCAGCCUGCUAG